AUGUCAGGACCACCCCAACAGCCGCCGAGGACGGCCAGUGUAGGACCGCAGAAUGUUCCUCCCACUCCUCAUGCUCAACCACCACCUGCGCAACCGCAAUCGCAGCAGAAUUUAAAUCAGAUUGUACUCGAGUAUCUCGCCAAAAAGGGUUAUAAUCGAACGGAAGCGAUGCUGCGAAGAGAGAGCGCUCAUGCAGAUGCUGAAGGUCGACCUAUCAUCCGUCGUGCUGAGGAUGCUGGCGGAGAAAUGUACGAAAAAGCCUACGAACUCCUACUGAGAUGGGUCGAAAAGUCUCUGGAUAUCUACAAGGACGAGCUCGGUCGCUUACUAUGGCCCAUCUUUGUGCAUUCUUUCCUCGCUCUGGCCGCAAAUUAUUACCCUCGUCAAUGUGCCGCCUUCUUCAAAAACUACAAAGACCAAUUUGAGAAGGAACACCCAGACGACAUCCGCGCUCUCCAGUCAAUCAGCUUGCCAGAGCAUGUUCAGAGCAACCAUAUCGCCAAGCUCUACCGCGAAAACCACUACAGGCUCACAAUCACCGACCUCGCAUACUCGGCCUUGUUGCAGUUCCUAGAAGCACACGACACCGAGGGAGGCUCGGUCAUUCUGAAUCUACUCACAAAUCACAUCGAGCUGAAGCACGUAGAUCGAGUGGCCUCGGGAGCGGAGCGCAGUCUCGCGAGGAUCCUCGCAAAACAGCGAGGUAUUGCUGAUGUGCCAGCUGAAGAUGAGGGCAUUCCGGGACACAACCCUGGUUCUGCAAACACAGAUCGUAACGCGCCGCCAGUCUUGGCGAAACUCGCGCUUGCGCCGAUGCCCAUGGAAGCAGACUUGAUGGAAGACGUAAAAGCAGAGCUUCAAGAGCAUGAUUCGCUGCACCCACCUCCGCCAGGCCGUAACACGCUAGUUGAGGAGUUCGAGCAGUGUAUCAAGCAAGAGCCUAACGACGACGCGCCAUCACGCGAACAAAUCCCCUUCCCGCCUUCUCUCGCUCGUGACGUCGCCAUGGAGGUGCAAAGGAUCAAGGAGAACCGUGAUAGGUUCAAGAUCGAGAGCAGAACAGACGGUGUUGGUCCAGGUGUCGGCGUGACAAUGUUUACCUAUCACAACACCUUCGACAGCAUUAACUGCAUUGAGUUCUCUGGCGAUGAGAAACUUGCGGCCGUUGGAACAGCAGAAUCUUACAUCCGGGUUUGGUCGCUCGACAACAAGCCCCUCGUCUCUCCUCUCGACCCUCCCACUCAACAAAUUUCCUCAUCACGACGAUUAAUAGGACACUCCGGUCCUGUUUACGGCCUCUCUUUCUCCCCGUCUAUUGCUCUCCCCGCAACUGCCGCGCAAACUAACGGCAGCGGCAAUAAUGACUCACAAACAUCACCUUCCCACCCUCGCUACCUCCUUUCAUGCUCCGCAGACAGCACUGUCCGCUUGUGGUCGCUCGACACCUUCACCAACUUGGUAGUCUACCGCUCUCACACUUCUCCCGUCUGGGAUGUGAAAUUCUCUCCUUUCGGCCACUACUUCGUCUCGAGUGGCGCCGACAGAACAGCUCGUAUGUGGAGCACAGCGCAGAUUGCUCCUCUACGAUUGUUUGUUGGGCAUGAUAGUGAUGUCGAAGCCAUCUCAUGGCACCCCAACUCAGCCUAUGUCUUCACCGCCGCAGGCAGCCCGGACCGCAGCAUUCGCAUGUGGGAUGUGCAGCGCGGCAGUGCCGUACGUUUGUUCACUGGCCACACUGGCAACGUGACGAGCAUCGCCUGUGCUCCCAAUGGCAAACUUGUUGCCAGUGCCGACGAUCGUGGCGAGAUCCUGCUCUGGGAUCUGGCAACCGGUCGCCUGGUCAAGCGCAUGAAGGGUCACGGUCGCGGUGGUAUCUGGACUCUAGACUGGAGCAUCGAGAGCACCGUUCUCAUCUCUGGUGGCGCAGACUGCACAGUCAGAGUCUGGGACGUGCAACCACCAACCGUGUCCAACGGAAGCGACGCAAAGGCGCUCACCGACGGUGGCAUGAACGGCAAAGAUGGAGGCCCUGGUGCUGGAGGAGCAGCUGCUAACAAGAACAAGAAGGCCAAGGAUGUCGUGGUCUCGCCUGACCAGAUCAGCGCUUUCCCUACAAAGAAGAGCCCGGUAUACAAGGUCAGGUUCACACAGAUGAACCUGGUCAUGGCCAGUGGCGCAUACCUGCCUUGA